GGCUGCGGGCGGCGGCCGGGCGCUCCGUACGCGCCGCCCGCCGGACUGCAGAGCCGGCUCCCGGCUGGCCGCCCGCACCCGCCUGCAGCCGCCACCGCGGUUCCGCCGGCGCUCGCGGUCGCCAGGAACAUGGAGGCGCCCGCUGCCCGUCCGGAAGGGUUCCAGAGCCACGCACAGCUCUCCUGGAAUCCCGAGUGGCCCUGACCAGGCCACCCCAGCGCCCCUGCAGCCCACCCAGACCCGGAGCUCACCUCCAGGACCUGGAGCCCGCCCUCCUGCCCAGAAUGACUCACCAUUAUUUCUAGCUCAAGCGCGGAGACGUGAUGGGGAGCCGGGCUGCCUGUUUGUGUAGCUAGGAUUCCCUCACCAUCUAAUCAGCUCUGCAGGGGAGAGAGCUCCAGAUCCCUGCCUUGCCAGCCAAGCUGUGCUGCUGGCUCUCAGGGAGCCCUCGGGGCUCUCCGGCAGGAGCCAGGCCCAUGCCCCGGUGUCUCCUGGGGCCGUCAGCAGCACCUUGAGCUCCCUGCCGCCAGGCAGCUGGAAGGCGUAGCGUGAGGCGCUUCUCUCAGUCCCAACUAUGACAGUGGCCACCGGAGACCCAGCGGACGAGGCUGCUGCCCUCCCCGGGCACCCGCAGGACACCUACGACCCAGAGGCGGACCACGAGUGCUGCGAGAGGGUGGUGAUCAACAUCUCGGGGCUGCGGUUUGAGACCCAGCUGAAGACCUUAGCUCAGUUCCCAGAGACCCUCUUAGGGGACCCGAAGAAGCGGAUGCGGUACUUCGACCCCCUCCGGAACGAGUACUUUUUCGACCGGAACCGCCCCAGCUUUGACGCCAUCCUCUACUACUACCAGUCCGGGGGCCGGCUGAGGCGACCCGUGAACGUGCCCUUGGACAUAUUCUCGGAGGAAAUCCGGUUCUACGAGCUGGGGGAAGAGGCGAUGGAGAUGUUUCGGGAAGACGAAGGCUACAUCAAAGAGGAGGAGCGGCCCCUGCCCGAAAACGAGUUUCAGAGGCAGGUGUGGCUGCUCUUCGAGUACCCGGAGAGCUCCGGGCCCGCCCGGAUCAUCGCCAUCGUGUCGGUCAUGGUGAUCCUGAUCUCCAUCGUCAGCUUCUGCCUGGAGACGCUGCCCAUCUUCCGGGACGAGAACGAAGACGUGCACGGCGGCGGGGUGGCCUUUCACACCUACGCCAACAGCACCGUCGGGUACCAGCAGUCCGCCUCCUUCACCGACCCCUUCUUCAUCGUGGAGACGCUCUGCAUCAUCUGGUUCUCCUUCGAGUUCCUGGUGCGCUUCUUCGCCUGUCCCAGCAAAGCCGGCUUCUUCACCAACAUCAUGAACAUCAUCGACAUCGUGGCCAUCAUCCCCUACUUCAUCACCCUGGGGACGGAGCUGGCCGAGAAGCCAGAGGAUGCCCAGCAGGGCCAGCAGGCCAUGUCGCUGGCCAUCCUCCGCGUCAUCCGGCUGGUAAGAGUCUUUAGGAUUUUCAAGCUGUCCAGACACUCCAAAGGUCUCCAGAUCCUAGGUCAGACCCUCAAAGCCAGCAUGCGCGAGCUGGGCCUCCUGAUCUUCUUCCUCUUCAUCGGGGUCAUUCUUUUCUCUAGCGCUGUCUAUUUCGCUGAGGCUGAUGAACGAGACUCCCAGUUCCCCAGCAUCCCGGAUGCCUUCUGGUGGGCAGUGGUCUCCAUGACAACUGUAGGCUAUGGAGACAUGGUCCCGACCACCAUUGGGGGAAAGAUAGUGGGUUCCCUGUGCGCGAUUGCAGGUGUGUUAACCAUUGCCUUACCAGUCCCCGUCAUAGUGUCCAAUUUCAACUACUUCUACCACCGGGAGACAGAGGGAGAGGAGCAGGCCCAGUACUUGCAAGUGACCAGCUGUCCAAAGAUCCCAUCCUCCCCUGACCUAAAGAAAAGUAGAAGUGCCUCUACCAUUAGUAAGUCCGACUACAUGGAGAUCCAGGAGGGGGUCAACAACAGUAACGAGGACUUUAGAGAGGAGAACUUGAAAACGGCCAACUGCACCCUGGCCAACACAAACUAUGUGAAUAUCACCAAAAUGCUAACCGAUGUCUGACCGCAGCCUAGCCACACGCUCGCAGCUCUCAGUGGAACUAAAUGCAGACAUUGCGUAAGAGCCUGCACCGUAGUCAGUCCGUCCCACCGUGUGUCUCUGGUUCUGCAUGGAGAGCCGUAGUCGUGCCAGUGACUUUUGAACUUCUGAUUUUUUGACUUAGAACACAGAAUAGCUAUCCAUGGCUCUCACGUGAACCCUCAUCACCGGUUGAGGGGUUUUUCCAAAGAUGGGGAGUCACCCGUGGAGCCAGGAUUUGAGGCCACCUCAUAGCACAUACGCAACCUGCCACGUGAGAUCCACCCUUCCUUCCUGAUUCGAUGCACGCAGCGCAGUGCCCAGCAGGUGCACCCCCAACCCCACCCCCGCCCCCACCCCCGCCCAUCUGAGUCCACCUGCACAGAGGAGAACCGCGGUAGCUUAGCUUUAAAGCGCUGGUAACUACUCGAGAGGUCGUCCCCGUGUUACGCUGAACAGAAUGCGUGGUCCCAUGUGUUGGAAUCCCUGUCUCUGUCACAGGCUGGGGUCUGCGAAUCGCAGCUGCCAAGUGUGUGCUCCAGACAGAGGCUUGUGUUUCAUAACGGAAAAUGCUGCAUUUGAUUUUUUUUCCUCUGCAGUGUCGAUGAGAGGGAAGCCCGGGGGAGGGACAGUUAAGUGGGACCGAUGGGGAGUCGUCAAGUUUCACAUUUGCUCCCCUGGAGGCCUGUGGGGAGAAGCUAACAAACCCGGGGACCUCUCCCACUGCAGGUCUCAGAUCUCACCAUUCUCGCAGGCUUCAGGGUCCCAGAGGCAGGUCCUGCCGCUGCGUGGCACGGGGGUUCACAGACACCCGCUUGCCUAGCGCUGUGGGCCAGCCGCUCUGACGCUGCAGUGACAUUUUCCAGUGAUGCAAUAGAGCUGCAUGGGUGUUUGCUGCAUGACUCUCAAUAUUUAACACACAGGAGAUAACCUAUUUUCUUAGUAGCCUAUACAGUAUCCACACGUAGAGUAUUAAAAGCCUAGGAAUGGCGUCGGACUAGGGGUUUUCCCCCAUCAGAAGAUGAAAGCCCUCAGUCAGGAGAAAAAAGAGGCUAUUUGGAAGGGGGGGCCCACGACUUCUGGCCCUCCAGCCCUCCCCAUACCUGUUCUUCCAGACGGGGGGCACAGGCCUCUGCAAAGCCGGGAGAGUGGGCGGGGGAGGCAGCGCCGAAACACCUCACCACGACUGCCCCUUAGGAGUUAACUGAGCCGCAGGCGUGACUGUGCAGCCGACCAGGGCGUCUGGUCCCGAGGAAGGCGGAUCUGUGGAUCCGAUGUAUAUAUCUCUCUAUAUAUAUCUAUAUAUAUCUAUCUAUAUAUAAAUAUAUAUCAAGCAUCUCCUUCCCAAGCUCCUCCACCUAGCAAGCUCUAGAGACCAUUGCAUUCGAACCUUGGAUAAGCUGAUGCAAUAUUUUUGACACAGGGCAACUGAUGCAUGUGCCGGACUAUGUGCACUAUCGUGUGUGUAUGUAUAUGUACACAUGUACAUGUGUGUGUGUACAUUUACAUGCACACACACUCACCUAUAUCUUCACUCGCUGGAGUUCAGGUUCAGGAGCAGACCCACUGCUUGGUGGGCUGGUUAUCGAAGAGGCCUCCCGGGUUCAUCGACCUCGCCGGUAACCCCCCCUGGGCCUGGGUUUGCUGCCGUCGCCUCAGGCGCUCCGGUCUCCACGGACUCUCAGACGUUAGAAUUGUCUUCUGCCCUCCACGUGCUGCAGCCUCAGUCCCUGUGGCUGAGGCUUGUUUUACCGAGCGCACGAGGGCCCCCCCGGCCCUCGAGGCUCCCCCUGUCCUGGGCCAGCCUGGCCCCGGGCCUCCCCUCCAGUCCCUCGUGGUAACCAUCUCCCCCGCCUCUGUCCCCACCCUGUUCGGUUUUCAUUGUCAUUGGCUCCGCAUCGGUCACCUUCAGGAACCUUCCCCUAGAGGGCUAGAGUGGAUCACCUGCCUUGAAACCAAGGUCACCAACAAGGAGGGCUCCUGGGCACCCGAUCCCACGGGUCUGGACUUAAAGGGAUCUUCCUCCCCUACAGGGAGACUUCCAAAGCCCAGGACCAGCGGGGUGGAGUCCCCGGAUGACCCGCAGGCGUGAUUUUGAUGGACAGGCUCAGACUCGCUCCUCACUAGAUUGGCAGCCAGAGCUGCUUCAGCAAACCGAAGGAUCGGUAGAGAAGGGGUCCCCACCCCCCAAAGAGGCUGAGCGUGGCUGAGCUCUGCACGGCCUGCAGGCCGAGUGUGGGCUGGCCCCCGAAGGGGGUGCGGUGGGGGGGCUUUGCUGCUCAUCCCGGCUUCUUUGCCUUUCAGUGUAACAGCGGAAGUUCCCCAGACACAGGGAGCUGUGUGGUUGGGCUGCCCAACUGUGGCCCUGGCCCCAGCCUCACUGUCGGCUGUUUAGCACCUACAGUUACCUUGGGGGUGGGGCACCAGCUCAGGGUGCUAGGCCCAGGGUGCUCAUUAGUUCCUGGUCACCCACAUCCCCAGGUGUCUGCAGGGUGUCCCAGGCCCAGUGCAAAGCGUCUGUGCCGCUCUUCCUCUCCUCAUGGGAGUUGGUGCUGCAUUGCCAAGACAUGGGGCAGGAGGGACCCAACCCCUACCUGAGGCCUAGGUCAAGGGUGGAGACUUUAUCCCCGCGUCCAUGGCCCGCCACUCUAAAGUGUUCACACUCACAGGCACACCUGCAUGCACACCCACCACAAAGCGGUACACCAUUGCCACAUACACAGAGACAAAACACGCAACACACAUGCACAACACAGAGACCAAAUGUAUGAGAAGGGUGUACACAGAACAUACGUGGCCAUACCCAUGUCCAAGUUACGUGUUCCCGGCAUGGUCACAGAGUAGAUUCACUGAUACAGAACAUAGACAAAGGCCUGCACACACCAAGUCCAAGGUGUGACCUGCAACCCAGGUGUGGCAAACACGAGCUACGUGAACGCGGUGAGUCUGCCUACGGAACACGGGAAGAGCAACUCGCCCUUGUUUCUGUGUGCAGAACACACACAGACUCGGUUUACACACUCAUCGCAUUUACCGUACAAGGCACUCGAGAUGCAGUGUGCACAACCAAGGACACACAAUACACACAGAAUGUAUACACACACUCAGAUCCACCGCUCUGCCCCCAGACCUACAAAUGAAUAGGCACAAACAGAAGAUCAGAUUUAUUUUUUUAAGAUUUUAUUUAUUCAUUUUUAGAGAGAGGGGAAGAAAAGGAGAAAGAGAGGGAGAGAAACAUCAGUGUGUGGUUGCCUCUCGCUUGCCCCCUACUGGGACCUGACCUGCAACCCAGGCAUGUGCCCUGACUGGGAAUUGAACUGGCCACCCUUUGGUUUGCAGGCUGGUGCUCAGUCCACUGAGCCACACCAGCCAGGGCAAAAGAUCAGAUUUAAUCAUCUUUCCCUAGCCUGCAUGUAUACCCCUCAAUAUCCUUCAGGAAAUUUUUUUUUCUAGUCUCUUCUCUCCCCCGCACCCCCAAGAAGAUUUAAAUCAUUUAAAUCAAUCCCCAAGAUUUAAAGCAGAAAGAUAGGCCACCCAUUAUCAAGAAGAGCUCUGAAUCAAACUGGGAAUUGCAUGAGGUCUCUACUUACUCUCCUUCCUCCCACCAGAAGCCUGGGUGCAGAGUGUGGAAGGACCUGGGACAGCUGGUGGCCUAUUAAUACACCUCCUCACCACCCGCUUUCCCUCAAAGCCAGUCCACACAGAGGGCCUAGUAGCCUCAUCUCCCCAGCUCCCAGCCCCGGGGUCUCUCAAUUCCAUUUGGUUAAAAGCAGUGAUGGUUCAAGAAACUGCAGAGUCCUGGGCCCAGAACCACAGCAAAGAUGCCCCAACAUGCCCUCAGUCCACAGACCUUAUUGCCCCUCCAGCCCGACGGCUUUGUGGGGACCCAGUCAGAAAGUCGGACGGAAUACAGGUUUACCUCUUAAAACGAGCCCCUUUCACCUGCUUGUGACAUCUCACUUGCUCAUGGGCAUGAGCCCCAUGGAGUCAACUCCCGAGUCCCCCCUGGGGGUGUUCCACCCCAGGCAUGCCCCUGCCCCUCACCGGGCUCCACGCGGGUGCCCUGCCUCCCAUCCAGUAGCUGCACCUCGAGGAAACGCACACCAGUCCAGCUUAAGUAAAACGUGGUUAGAGACUCGAUCCUAAUGCUACGCAAGCAAACGACACCAGGGUUUUAAAGGGUCUGGUUUUGGUCCUAUCUUCUAAGGCCUGAUACAAGUGCUUUGUGAGAUGACUCGCUGUUGUGGGUCGCCCAGGGAGCCGGGCCUUCCCACCGGGAGCACUAGCUGGGCCCUGGGCGCGUUAGGGCGAAGGCUUCCCCUCAAACGGAGGUUGGGGUUUGAGGUCAGGUGUCAGGGCAGGCAUCCCGGUCCGGACCCCUGCAGGCAUGUCCCAGCCCUCUCCCGGCAGCCACAGCUCCGGGUCUCCAGGGAGGAAAGCAGCAACAGCAGGGCCAGGGGCGUGGGCCCUGAUUUGCAUGUUCAGUGCACCAUGCUGGCCUUCCCAGUGCUUCCAGGUCAAGAUCACAGUCUUCCCUUUAGCUUCAGCAGUGCCUCCGCAGGGUCAGCCUUUCAAGAAGGCUGGUGUUCUCAGAAGGCUGAAGGGAAGGAGGGUCAGGAAAGGUGGGCAGGUCAUCAGGAAGAGAGGGCGACCGAGCGGGUCAGAGUUCAGAGUAGGCUCUUCAGGAGCCGAGUGAGAUGGAAUGAAGGACAGGGCUAAGGCUUGGAGCUUCCGUAGUGUUUGACCUCUCUCCUCCCUCCUCCCGGCUGCCGCCCCUGCCCCACUCAGCUGGGCUCCUGAGGACGGAGGAGGAGUAUCGCCAGGAAUGGAGCCUUGUAAAAGGGGCCCCAAGGGAGUGUGUCUCCGGCUGCCAUCAGCCUGUGGGGAGAGGCCUCCCGUGACAGCAGGGCCGGCUGGAGUCCCCGGCCCGGAGGCCCUGUACGGGGAGCACCGCAGGACUUGCUUGUCCUGUCCUUGCAGGAUCUGUCACCCCACCACGGUGAGGUCUUUGGCCACCCGACUUCCUUGUGGUCCGCCGUAAACAUCAGGGCCGACCCAUGUGCAGUCUCGGUCCAGGGGGUUCAGUGCUGGCUGCCCACGGUCACAGGGAAGAGAGGUGGGAGCUGCCUUCUGCAAAGGAAACUAGAGGACACUCAGCAAAUGCCACAGCAGGUGACACGACACCCCCCAUGUUGGGCAGGAAGAGCACAGAGCUUUGAAUUGUGAACCCCGGAGUGGGGACGGGGAGCCCGCCCCAGUUCUGGCUCCCCUGGGGCCCAUUGCCACGGGCCUUCCUCUGGGGUCCCCGCCUGGUCUGAGAGGGCGGGUCCCCGUGGGCUGUGAUGCCCAGGGUGCUCCUUGGCAGCACAAUGGAGGGCUCCCCUAGCCUUGGCAGAGUGGCCAUCGCUAGGUUUGACCCCGAGACCCUAACCUUAUAAAGAUCACAAGCCAUCUGAGCCGAGGAGCAGGGCGCGGGAUGCAGGGGGCUGCCUCUGGCUGCCAGAACCACCGAGCACAUCCUCAGACUUGGCCCUUGUGGAGGCGAGCCCCGUCCCCGUCACAGCAGCGAGCGAGCGGGCUGACAGGGGGCGGUCCCCUACAAGCGGGGCGGGGUGGGUCUCUCCCUCAAAGGAAUUGAGUUCACGUUUCCCUUCUUGUUGCUUCCCUUCCCACCAGACCUCAGCUCCGUCUCUCAUAGUUUGUGUUUGACUAUUUUUAAAGAGGAAAAGUGCAAUAAAAUCAAUAGUGACUGUUUUCUUUAGCAAUAGCUCUUUCAAAAAAUCUUGUUCUCAGGACUGAACAGUGAUAGUACCUGGAUUAGGAGGCAAUGCCCUUGGCUUCCAGCUGUUAGUUCACUGUCUCUGUAGUUCCCUCUGGUUGCCCCGCGUUCACACGCUUCUCGUCCUGAGGCUCCGACCCCCUUUCUGGAACGGGAACCCGUGCGGGGGCUCCGUGUGCACCCGGGGGAGGUCCAGAGCAGGCUCUCUGCCUCCGGUCUCCCUCCCGCGCCUCUCUCCUCCCUCCUCCGUCUCCGAGUGCAUCUCUGUCCUCUCCAUCUCUCUCUCUCUCUCUCUCUCUCUCUUUCUCUCUUUCUCGGCCUCCUCCCCUUCCUGCCCACCCCCCUUCCCGCGGCGUUCUCACAGCCUCUAGGCCCUGGAGCCUGGGGUCUGAGUGGCCUCCUGUCCGCCCACCUCCUGGACCUUCGGUCAGUCUGGAGGUUGUGACGGAAGCCCGCGGGAGAGCACUCCCGGUAGAGAAGGACAGUAGGAGCACAGCAUCCUGAGCCAUUACAGAAGGCCGUCCCGCACUAAAAGCCAUCACUUGAUCCGCUUGCUCCCCUUCCUCCCCGCCCCAGGGACACGGAUGCCGGGGGGAAUGUGGCCUGCAGGUUUGCACCUGGGACCGGCAGCCCCAGCAGGUUUGGGGAGUCACCCUCCGGCCGUCCUUCCAGAUCAGCUGCCGUGAUUGCCCCAAGGGGCUCCGUGAGAGCUAUGGAGGGACACAGGUUGUUGUGGGUGGAGGUCGACAGGGAUAGAAAUUCGGGUGGUCGGGACAUCACAUUCGUGACACAGAGACCCUACCACCCCCUGCGAGGUACAGCUGCACAUUUGCACACGUAAUGAGGGGGCUUCAGACGAGGCCGUUUUCCCAGAGAAACCUGUGAGGACACCCCUCCUGACUGGACAAUCAGAGAAAGGCAGCCCCCCCCCCGCCGUGACCCCCGAGUCCCGCUCCAGUCCUGCUCAGCCCGCCUUGCCCCCCACACCCGUGUGCAGCGAAACCUCAGUUAACAGACGGCGAAAUCCUCAGGGAAGGGCACGUCCUGCUCACUUCACAGUUCCGGUUGUUUGCAUGGGAGUGGGAAGUACGUUUUGGUCAACCUUUUGUUAUUGAAAAUUUUAAAAAAGACGUUUCCUAAGUAGGUUAGUAGAAACUUUCCUGCCUUAGUAACAAGUGUUCCAAGACGACAGAUGACCUGGCGUUGCUCAGGGUCAACCUUGGGAACCUCGGGGCUCACUGUCCAGAAGCGUGAGUGGACAAGACCAAAGGGACAGGCCGCCCGCGAGCUGGCUGCCCGGCGCCACUGGAAGCUGGCCGCCCGGGCACACGGGGGCCCAGCAGAGGCCCUCGCCGCCCUUGGCCUCUUUCUGCUGGACGUGUGGUCAGAAAACAGAGACCUCGGUAGUCGAGGUGUUGGCUCACGGGUCCUGAGUUAUCAGAGGUUUUCCAUAUAUACAUAUGUCUGUGUAUAUAUGUAUAGUAUGUGUAUAUAUGUAUACCAUUAUUUAAAAAUCAGACUACACAGUGGCCAGUCCCCUUUGCUUCACCAAUGUGGAAUACAUUUGGCAAUCCAAGAAAUAAACUGAAUUCAUUUGAAUUUUGCAAAUGAGCUUCCUUUUGCAUCCUCCCCAGUUCUCCAGUUCAGCUUAUCCUUCCUCGCAGAGAUCUCUCCAGAAAACGGUUCUUUCAUAACAAAAGGUGCGGCUCCAGGAUCUCUCCCUUCCCUCCCAGGCGGCCGCCUGACUCAGGGAUGCAGGGAGGCUGAGCUGAGGGCCAGGACUCACGCUUUGUGCUGUGCAGCCUGGUUGGCUGCGACCUCAUCGCUGGGGCCUGGAACAGUGACAGCAAACUCGGUAGCUCAGGGGGAGGAGGGGGCUGGGAGACCUGGCACAGGAGUGAUCUGCUGUCGCUGUGUCUUUGCCGUUUGGUGGCGUGACCGAGGCUUGACUUGCGUGAGGUCUGAAAGUAACCUCGUUCUAACAGGCGUGUCUGCCCCAUGGAAGGUGAGGUGUGUGGCAGUCGAUGGAACACACCCACCCACCCUGCUGUCAGUUUUGACCAAAUCUAGGUUGUGGACGUGGGCGGUAGAACAGCUAGGAUUUAGUUGCCUCUUUGGAGAAACAGCUGGGUCUGAGUGGAAGCACGUUCUCCUUCUCCGCCUUGCCUAGCAGCAUCUGAGACCCACGGAGACACUUCCAUCUCACCUCGCUGUGUGCACGCUCCCUGGACAGGGGCAGGGGGAUCCCUCACUGGUACCUGGGGCAAUGGAGGUGGUGCAGGGGAUCCUGCCGCCUCCCAGUGCUCCCAGCAGCCCACCAAACUGGGCAAGCUGGCCAUGGUCAGACGGAGAAGUCCAUAAGCCAGAAUGUGUGUGACCCGCUGGUAAACAGGGGCUACUGGGGUCGCCUGUCUGCGUGGCCACUUCUUAUGUGGUGUGAAUCUAGGCCUGGAAAUGGAUGUAACUUUCUGUGCUCCUCUGCACCCCCAAAACUGUCCGAUAUGUUCCGGAUGAGUUUGCGUCAUUGCACUGAUGGGUGCACCAGGGCAGGUGUGACUAUGUAACCGUGCAGCCAGCUGCAGCAAUGUUGAGAUGACGGAGCGUGCUGCCGCCGUGGCUCUGCACUACGGCCUGCGGCAGCUGCCCAGAGGACUCAGUCCUAUCUCUCUUCUCAGUCCUCGAGAGAGGCCUCCGAGCCCUGCUUCUUGAAAACGAUUCCCUAGACACCAGCUGCCUUGUUUGUCUGAGCGCAGCCACACUCUGGGAUGCUAGGAGAAGCCAGAGGAGGAGCCAGGAGGAAGAGAGCAUUCAGGCGCUGGCUUGGCCACCAAACAGUUGCUGUGCCAGCUGCUGACAUGACUACCUUUUGAGCCUGUGAAGUGCAGGGCAAGGACAGGGACCUUCCAGGGCUGGGCAGCCUCGGCCUUGAAACGUGGGAGAGAAAGGCAGGCAGCAGGCCCGGCUGGCUCGGCACGGUGGCGGUGGCGGCACAGGGUCUGAACAUGCUCUGUGCUUGCCCCAGUUCUGCCUUCACGUGGGAUCUGCGACCCAGUUUCCUUCGGUUGUGGUGCUUGGACGAGCCCUGCACUUGAAGGGCCCCAGGAAGCUGGAAAGCCCCGUGAUCGAGCUCCAGCCUGCUGAGCACACAACGCCCCGGCCAAAUUGGCCUUGGCCUGGGGUUCUGCGUCCCCGCACCCCUCCCUGCUCCAAGGGCACUCUUGGAACAGGGAGGGUUAACGCUGCCAGCGGUCCAGAAGGGCUCUCUCCUUCCGUCAGGGGCCCAGAGGUAAGGCUCGGGAGCGCAGGGGGCUGCUUCCUUUUCUAGGCCCAUGUGCUCACGUGCUUGUACAGGCUGCCUGUGCGGGUUUUAUGCAUGACACACACGUAGACGGGAAAGGUGGAAAUGGCCGCUCGCAGAGGCUCACGCAGCCCAGAAUCUAAUUCGGGUUCCUGCCCGCUUCCUUUCCGCUCGCGCGUGCCCCGCUGCGUGGCUGCCCUCCCGCGCCCCAUCUCUAAUAAUUGCUGAAAAGCCAAAGAGGAGAGGCAGAUAAAUAAACCUCCCUGGGAUCAAUAGGAGAAGGAAUGCCAGAGCUGAUGGUAAAGCUUCGUAAAGGAUGAUGCUGAAAGGGAACCGGGGUCUCCAUGGUGAUAAGAGGCUGGGGACCAAUCGGAGCAUGAGGCGGAGCAGGGCUUGUGGGGAAGACUCCUGGGUGUUGGGAGUCAUUUAACUGUUUGUUUGCUUCACGAAAACGUAGACACCAGCUGUAACUGCAUCGCACAGGACGUAUAGCUGUCACCAUUCUCGCUGACAUGUUCCGGAAGCUUUCAGCCCCAGCAACACUGCCCCGCCCGGGACUUCCGCAGCUGAGAGUUCCUGUGUCAGUAGGGUCUGAUCUUUGUACAUAGGUUACACAUACGUGUGUACAUACGUGCCUCAGUGAACAUUGCCUGUCCACCUGGUCACGGGUGCGCAUAGACUUCACAGAGCUCCACAAUCUUUUGUAAAUAUCCACACGAGUAAAUAAGUGUAUAAAUAUAUAUUAACUGAGGAUUUAUUUUAACAUCAUUCUGUGUGAGACGAAAAUAAAAUAAAAUUUUUGACAGAC